UAAAUUUUCUGAUUGCGCGUUUUCUUCUUCUUUGUUUUCGUCUCUUGGUUAACAAAAUGUCGUCGUUCACAACAUGUUUGAAUAAUAUAACAAUUAAUCAACUCUUAAUGAAAGAGGAGAAGAAAGAAAAACGAAAGAGAAAUAAAAUAGAGUAAGGAGGAAACUUCACAACUCCUCUCCUUCUUCGCUUUCAGACAUCCGGACAGACAGACAGACAAGACAGACCUGGUAAACCUCAAAUCUUCUGUCUUUCUCCACAAAUCAACUGGCUUCUUCUUCACCUGUCUCUCUCCCCUGUCUUUUCUUUUGCUUAUCACUACAAAUUCGAUGUAGAAUUGUUCAAAUUGCUUAAUAUUAAUGUGCUCUUGUUAAAUCUCUAGAAAUCACACCUGAAAUUGAAGAUUUUGACAGGUUUUGCUUAUAUCUACUACUAGAUUAUCAAUUAGGUAGUUAGACAAGUUAAAUAGAAACAUUUUCCCUUAAUCUCAUGAAAAUGAAUCAUUGACUUUUUAUGGUUUAUAGUUACUCAUUUAUGAAUCUGUAAACUUGGGAAUCAUUUAAAUGGUGAUAUAGGAAGAGGGUUUGAAUAUAUUUUUUUGAAAGUUCAGAAGAAAUGGGUAAUACUUGUGUAGGACCAAGAACUGAAAAGAAUGGUUUCUUCGAAUCUGUUUCUGCUGCAAUGUGGCCGUCUCGUGCCGUUGAAGAUUCCGCUCCUUCGACUCCAGGAGCAACAUCAAGAAAAGGCGGAGGAGAAACCACUGUUGAAACAACAGUAACAACAACAACUACCACUACAACAACAACAUCAUCAUCUGAUGUUUCUCCACCACCAAAUAAACCACCAGAGCAAGUUAAAAUCCCUGAUAAAAUAGAGAAAACCGAAGAUACACCACCACCACCAGCACCACCAAAUCCACCACCUCAGAACCCGAAAAAACCACAUCACAAGAGAGUAGCAAGUGCUGGUUUACUUGUAGAUUCUGUCUUACAAAGGAAAACCGGUAACAUAAAGGAGAUUUAUACCAUGGGAAGGAAACUAGGACAGGGUCAAUUUGGGGUUACUUAUCUUUGUGUAGAGAAAGAGACGGGUAAGGAGUUUGCGUGUAAGUCCAUUGCAAAGAGGAAAUUAACAACGCAAGACGAUGUUGAAGAUGUUAGGAGAGAAAUUCAGAUAAUGCAUCAUUUGGCAGGUCAUCCGAAUGUUAUAUCGAUUAAAGGGGCUUAUGAAGAUGCUGUAGCAGUUCAUCUUGUUAUGGAAUUAUGUGGAGGAGGGGAGCUUUUUGAUAGGAUUAUUCAGAAGGGACAUUACAGUGAAAAAAAGGCAGCCGAACUUGCUAGGGUCAUAGUGGGAGUAGUUCAAACUUGCCAUUCUUUAGGAGUUAUGCAUCGAGAUUUGAAACCCGAGAAUUUUCUAUUUGUUAAUCAGAAGGAGAACUCACCCCUUAAAACUAUUGACUUUGGAUUGUCGAUAUUCUUUAAGCCAGGCGAAACAUUUUAUGAUGUUGUUGGUAGCCCAUACUAUGUUGCUCCAGAAGUUCUUCGGAAGCGCUAUAGUCCAGAGGCAGAUGUUUGGAGUGCUGGAGUGAUCAUAUACAUUCUGUUAAGUGGGGUCCCUCCAUUCUGGGCUGAAACCGAGCAAGGGAUAUUUGAACAGGUCUUGCAUGGUGACCUUGAUUUUUCAUCAGAGCCAUGGCCUAGUAUAUCAGAAAGUGCAAAAGAUUUAGUGAAGAGAAUGCUUAUUAGAGAUCCUAAAAAGCGGUUAACUGCACAUCAAGUACUAUGUCAUCCUUGGGUUCAGGUUGAUGGGGUAGCUCCUGACAAGCCUCUUGAUUCUGCAGUUCUAAGUCGAAUGAAGCAAUUCUCUGCUAUGAACAAGCUCAAGAAAAUGGCCCUUCGAGUGAUUGCAGACAGCCUCUCUGAAGAUGAAAUCGCUGGACUUAAAGAAAUGUUCAAGAUGAUAGACACAGAUAACAGUGGGCAAAUCACUUUCGAAGAGCUAAAAGCUGGGUUGAAAAGAGUCGGGGCCAAUCUAAAGGAGUCCGAGAUGUAUGCUUUAAUGCAAGCAGCUGAUGUUGACAACAGUGGCACAAUUGAUUACGGAGAGUUCCUUGCUGCCACAUUGCAUCUAAACAAAAUUGAAAGGGAAGAUCAUCUAUUCGCAGCUUUCUCAUACUUCGACAAAGAUGGCAGUGGCUAUAUCACGCAAGAUGAGCUUCAACAGGCAUGCGAGGAGUUUGGGAUUGAGGAUGUUCGUAUAGAAGAAAUGAUCGGAGAAGUUGAUGAAGACAAUGAUGGACGCAUAGAUUACAAUGAAUUUGUGGCGAUGAUGCAAAAAGGAGACGUCAUCGGUUUUGGUGGUAAGAAAGGUCGGCAAAGUAGUUUCGGCAUUGGGUUCAGGGACGCACUAAAAAUUGGUGGUUGAUAUGUAGAAGAAAAAACAAUGUUGAGGCUCUUAUAGUCUAAUUACUUAUUCAGUAGUGUCGCUUUUCAUCAUUUUUCCUACAGAUUUUGAGAUUGAAUAGGAUCACCAAGUGUGCAUAGAGAAACAGAAGUCUUGUUCUUUUCAGGGCAUCAAAAUAUGUCGACAUUGAGGUUACACGGAGGGAAUUUUGAUGUUAAGCAUUUAGGUUGGAAAGAACAAUACAAAGAUUCUUGUAUCACCUGUAAGGAACUGUUGGUGGGUUUUCAUACUUCUCUGGAAAGCAUCAGAAACGUUGUAAAGGCCUUUUUCUUGUAGACGUUUUUUUGUUAUUUUAAACCUGGUUUCCAUUUA